UGCUAGAUAUCAAUACGCAUUCGCAUUGACUUUCUGCCUUUGCUGGAGUUCUCAGGAUCAGAAAGUCGUAGAAAUUGUUCAUAGAAACAAUUUCCCGGGCUGGGCAGUAUUUAUGCUUCAUACGUACGUGUGUCAGUAGCUCACUGAAGGAGUCUAAAUUUGUUUCAUCUUUACAGGAAACUCAGCCGCAGAUUUCCCUAGAAAUAUAAUAAGCCUGUCAUAUUCCUUCGUCGUUCCAUCGACGGCGAUGGAGGUAACGUUAGGCCGCUAGUUCUCCGGCCGGAGCUCAGCGAGGAGCUGUCUCUUGUCUCUGCCACUGAGCUGAACUACCUGUGACUGAUGCAUGUGCAUGAUGAUCUGAUGAUACAAAACAAAACUAGUAAAGCCUAAAAGCUAAAGAUACGCAGUACGUGCUACACAAUUUUGAUUCAUGGGCUGAAAUAUCAGGAUUAGAAUCAUGGAAAAUGAGAAGAUCAACAUGAAGGUGAUUAAGAUAGAGAUCAUAGCGCUACCGCCCUCAUCAGAGGAACUAGGACUCCAGCCUGGAGAUGGCUUGGCACAUGGCUGCAGAGCGGACAGUGGAGCCGAAGAGGUUUGUGACGAGAUCAACCAGGGAGAAGAGAUACACAGAGGAUACCCUACUGAUUCUGUGAAAGUAGAAUGUUCACAAGAUGGUUGGACAGGGGCUGAUGAUGCCAUAGAGACACAGAAGGCACAACCAACAGAAGAAGCAGAUGGAAAAACUAUCGCAUUCAUUAAAAUAAAAGAAGAACCCUUUGAUAUUGACGACACAUGGUUCAUACAUGUAGAAGAUGAGGAAACUAGACCCCAGAAACGAAGCAAAUCCAAGGGUAUCAGAAAGAACUCUGGAGUCAAGCCUUUUCACUGUUCACUUUGUGACAAGAGAUUUUCAUCCAAAGGCAAUCUUAACAAGCAUCUGAGAAUGAUGCAUUGUCAGUGUUCUAUCUGUAACCAAACAUUUUCCAAUGACGAGACUCUGUCAAGACAUGUACAAACCCACAGUAAGCCCAAACAAUAUGAGUGUACUCAUUGUAAGAAUAUAUUUACCAGUAGAGGUAGUCUUUAUAGGCAUUUGAGAAUCAUACAUUGUAAGUGUUCUGCUUGUAACAAAGUGUUUUCCUCUGAAGAUAUUCUUGCAAGACAUAUACAAACGCACCGUAAACCAAAAUCAUAUCCGUGCACUCUUUGUUUGAAUAGCUUUACCAUUAGAUGUAAUCUUAUUAGGCAUUUGAGAAUCAUACAUUGUAAGUGUUACUGUUCUGCUUGUAACAAAGUGUUUUCCUCUGAAGAUAUUCUUGCAAGACAUAUACAAAUGCACCAUAAAUCAAAAUCAAAUCCGUGCACUCUUUGUUUGAAUAGAUUUAGCAGCAAAGGUAAUCUAAAAAAGCAUUUGAGAAUCAUACAUUGUCAGUGUUCUGCUUGUAACAAAGUGUUUUCCUCUGAAGAUAUUCUUGCAAGACAUAUACAAACGCACCAUAAACCAAAAUCAUAUCCGUGCACUCUUUGUUUGAAUAGCUUUAUAAGCAAAGGUAAUCUAAAAAAGCAUUUGAGAAUCAUACAUUGUAAGUGUUCUGCUUGUAACAAAGUGUUUUCCUCUGAAGAUAUUCUUGCAAGACAUAUACAAACGCACCAUAAACCAAAAUCAUAUCCGUGCACUCUUUGUUUAAAAAGCUUUAUCAGCAAAGGUAAUCUAAAACAGCAUUUGAAAAACAUACAUUGUCAGUGUUCUGCUUGUAACAAAGUAUUUUCCUCUGAAGAUAUUCUUGCAAGACAUAUGAGAACGCACCAUGGACGAAAAGCCUAUGGUGAAAGUCCCCCUUCGCAAGCCGAGUUAGGAACCCAGUCGGAUAUAUCUGUGAAUAAGAGAUUUCUAAGUGAGAAUGGCUCUGGUCACUUAGCAAAGCAUGUAAGUUCUGUUCAAGAACAAUGUGGUAAGGAGAGGGAUAAAGGGGAAUCUGCAAGUUCUCAACAAAAGCAUGGAGAAAUUAAUACAGACAUAAAAAAGGAAUGUGAUGAGAAAUGUGAAAUUGCAUCUAUUCAAGAUAUUGGUCAGUCUUCCUUUCAUGCUACAACACAGAGUUCUCAAUAUGAACCUCAAGGAAACCUUGCUGGAGAAAAGCUCUUUCCGUGUAGUGUUUGUAACAAAGAAUCCUCCAACAGAGGAAACCUCAACAAGCAUUUGAAAAUGAUGCACCGUCAGUGCCCUGUAUGCAACCUAAAGUUUUCUCACAAAGACGUCCUUAUAAUACACAUGAAAACCCAUCAACAAGACAAACCCUUCCAAUGUGGUCUUUGUAACAAAGUGUACACUACCACAACUAAUCUCAAUAAACAUAUGAAACGUGCCCACCCUGGAGAAGAAAAGCCUAUAUAUCUGUGUUCUUAUUGUAGCGAACCUUUUUCCAAUGGAGACACUCUCUCAAGACAUGUAAGGAGGCACCACGAAGGCAAAUGCUAUCAAUGUUCUAUUUGUAGAAGAGCGUUUUCAAGCAAAAACUGUCUCGACAUACAUAUGAGAACCCAUUCAGGAGAAAAACCAUAUCAAUGUAUGACCUGUAUGAAGGAGUUUUCUCAUACGAGCGGCCUCACUGUACACAUAAGAAGCCACACAGGAGAAAAGCCUUACAAAUGUACAAAUUGUAACAAGGAUUUUACCACUUGGAAUAGCCUUGCUGCACAUAAGAAUGCACACAUGGGUGAAAAGCCAUAUCGGUGUACAAUUUGUAGCAAGGAGUUUAGCUACAAGAACAGUCUGUCUACACACAUAAGAUCUCAUAAGGGAGGAGAGCAGCAUCAGUGUUCUGUGUGUGGUAUAGUUUGUGCAAAUGCAACUAGCCUGUCGGUACAUGGUAUGAGAAGACACACGGGAGAAAAACCUCAUGUGUGUUCUGUUUGUAGCAUGAGAUUCUUUGCAAAGGGGGAUCUGAAAUUGCAUAUGAGAACCCACACGGGGGAAAGACCCUAUGCAUGUUCCUUUUGCAGCAAGAGCUAUGUCACAAGGAACCAGCUGAAGUUGCAUGCAAGAAUCCAUUGGGGUGAAAAACCAUUUCAAUGUUCUGUUUGUAGCAAACGCUUUCAUCGGAAAGGAACUCUUACAGAACAUAUGAAAGUCCACUCAAGUGUAAAGCCAUAUCACUGUUCUGUUUGUGCUAGAGGUUUUGCAAGAAGUAAUGACCUUAAACGUCAUAUGAAAUCGCACGAUUCAGAAAAAAAAUCCCACGUAUGUCCCGUUUGCAGCCGAGUAUUGACAAGACAGUGCGAUUACAAUCGUCAUAUACGAAUCCACACAUAGUACAUAUAAUUAUUAGCAAUAGUUACGGUAUUGUAUGCAUGUGUAAUACCCCCUUCACAUACACAGACUUUUCUCACGAGUCCUUAUGGAUCGCCAUCUCGUAGUCAAUCGCAAGCAUCCGUAAAUAACUCGCUGGUAUCCGUAAAUAACUCGUCACAACUCACAACAACUCGUAGACACUCUUAAGGAUCCGUGAAAGGAGAGGCAAAUUUUUUGACAUGUCAAAAAUCUUCUUACGAUUGUCCACGGAUUGAUUUGUCCGUAAAUAGCUCGUAACAAUACAUAACCAUCCGUUAACUGCUCGCAAGAAUCCGUAAAUGACUCAUAGCAGUUUUUUGUAACGAUUUGUUACGGUUAGUUUUGUUUUGUUUACGAUUUGUUUACGGAUUAUUGCGAGCAGUUUACGGAUGGUAACGUGUGAUUACGUGUUCUUUACAAUUUUAUUUGGGUCAUUUUACGAUGGCUUUACGGAUUGAUACAGGUUAUUACCAGUAUUUUACGUGUAGUUACGAGUACUUUACGAAUAAAUACCUACACAUUACGUAUGCUUACAAACUGUUAUCGAUUUGGGGAAGGUAUAAAAGCUGCAAAUUAGAAAAA